CCUCUUUAUCUGUAAAUUAUCCUUUCUUCUCUCUCCAAAUUUUGUUUCUCUGUCUAUAUAUCUUUAUCUGUAUAUAUAUAUAUAUAUAUAUAUAUAUAUAUAUCACCCUCUCUCUCUUCUCUGUUACAUAUCACUCACUAUUCUAGGGCUUCUACAAGCUGUGAAUGGACUGUCGUCUCUCUUACAACCAAUCUUCAGUUCUUGAAGCUUUACCUACCACGGUGAAGAAGAGCGUUUCAAUUCGCGGUACUAUCUGUUCAACGCUCAACUUCGCCGGGGAUCGGCGAUUCGUCCGGCCGAUCAGUACCGUUGAUCGGAGGAGGCGGAGAGCGUCGAUUGUGGUGGCGAGUGCGGAGGCGAGUCACUGUGAGUUCAGUAGCUUGAACACUCCGCUCGAGCCGAAGACCUCGGUCGGGAAGUUCCUGAGCAGUGUGUUGCAGAAUGAUCGCGAUUACUUUCAGGUCGCGGUUGCGAAACAGUUGGUGGAGUUGGCUGCUGAGCGAGACGAUGCUGUUGCUCGCAUGAAUUCGACUCUGGCUUCUUCUGAAGCGUGGCUUCACAGGAGGAUUGCUGAAUUGAGAGAAUGUGAGUGCCAAAGUGCAGUUGAAGAAGUCAUCUACAUGUUAAUCUUCUAUAAGUUCUCUGAGAUCAGUGUUCGUUUGGUUCCGAGGCUCUGCAGAUGUAUAUAUAAUGGCAGACUAGAGAUAUGUCCUUCAAGGGACUGGGCGCUCGAGUCGAUUCACAGCUUUGAGGUCUUGGAGAUGAUAAGGGAACAUCUAACCACUGUCCUUGGCUGGAAGAAGAACUCAAAUGUCAGAGACAAUUGGGCCACAACUGAGAUCCAGCGGGUCCAGCUUUGCCGAGUGUAUGUUGCUUCCAUAUUGUAUGGCUACUUUCUGAAAUCUGCCUCCUUGAGGCACCACCUAGAACUAAAACUCUCAGAGGUCAACUAUGACCUUGGUAUCAACAAUGAUGAUACCCACUUUCCACUUUCAGAAUUGUGCUCCCCUGGGUUAAAGAAAAUUGCAUUUGGUCACGUUAGUAGUGUGCGAUCCACAUCAGUAGGACAAGAGUCAUUCAACCGGGGAAAGAGACGUGAAAAACUGAGGUGUUAUGUCAUGGGGUUCGACCCUGAGAUACUGCAGAUGUGUGCAAAACCAAAGUCGAAGGAGGCAGUACAUCUGAUCGAGAAGCAUAGCUGCGCGCUCUUUGGGGAUGAGAAGACAGGUUUGCUCGAGACCGAUGAGGUGAUCUUGACCUCGUUGUCAAGCCUGAAAAGGCUGGUUUUGGAGGCUGUUGCUUUCGGUUCCUUCCUUUGGGACACGGAAGAGUAUGUGGGCUCUGUAUAUAAACUUAAUGAGAACUAAAUAGUUGAAACGGUAGGAGAUGUACAUACAAGUUUUCUGCUUGACUCUGGCGGCUUGCUUUCUGUGAAUUUAAAGAUGUAUAGUAUAUACUUAAUGUAGAAAUAAUGUAAACAAGUUCUAAAUAAUUGCUGUGUUUGUCGGCUCCUUUAAA